AUGUAUAUUCUGUCACUUCUGGGAAACUCCACCUUGAUUUUGGUCAUCUCGGCCAGCAAGAGUCUCCACCAACCCAUGUAUAUCUUCCUCAUGAUGUUGGCAAUCAGUGACGUCCUCUUGAGCUCCACCACCGUACCGAAGACCCUCGGCAUCUUCUGGUUUGGUAAUCAUGAGAUCUCUUUCAUUGGAUGCCUCACUGAAGUAUUCUUCAUCCAUUUCAAUUUUGGUACCGAAUCAGCCAUUUUGCUGUCCAUGGCGUACGACCGUUACUGCGCCAUAUGUCACCCUUUAAUGUACGCUACAACUCUCACCAACUCCUUCAUACAGAAGACAGCCAUGGUGGCCCUUUUCAGAAGUGUCUGCAUUAUUACCCCAUUGGUUUUUCUUCUCAAUAGAUUGUCUUUCCAGCGAAGCAACGUCAUAGAGCACACCUACUGUGAGCACAUGUCUGUGGCUAGAUUGGCGACUUCUAAUAUAAAGGUCAAUGUGGUGUAUGGGCUGGUCAUAGCCGCCUGUUCCUCCGGUGUGGACUUGGUCCUUAUCAUAGUUUCCUAUGCUGCUAUUAUCUCAGCAGUUCUAAAACUCUCAUCCACCGAGGCUCGUUUCAAAGCCUUCAAUACAUGCGUGUGCCACCUCUGUGUCAUCGUUCUCUUCUACAUACCGGCAUUUUUUAGCUUCAUAGCUCAUAGAGUUGGCCACAGAAUCCCACCGCAAGUCCACAUACUGCUGGCCAACCUGUACCUCCUCGUUCCCCCCAUGAUGAACCCCAUCAUCUACAGAGCCAGGACCAAAGAAAUCAGACAGAGGUUGGGGUUCAUGGUGAGACAGAGGGUUCUACAUCCCUGCCUUCUUCUCGUUCAUCGCUCAUAG